AUGGACCGAGGUACAAGAGGAAGAAGAAGAUUACUGUCUUCAUCAGGCAAUGGGCACGCUGUUAUGAGGAGUGACAAUGAGGAGGUGGGGGGGAAUGAUGAAGGUGCCGGAGGCAACCCUGGUACUACCCUUGGUAACAGAGGUGCAGGAGAGGUCAUGGGUGCUGGGCAUGGUGUGACAGCCUCGAACGCAGAUGUGGAUUUGGUGUCCGCCCAGAGCACAGGGGCUGAGACAACGAGUCGCAACACUGCGCGUGGUCGAGCUCCUAGCUCUGGUUAUACCGGCAUAAGCAAACGGGAAGGUAGGUGGGCGGCACGGCUGUGCGUAGAUAGCGUUAAGAGUAAGUUUUUAGCGCUGGGACGGUAUACGGAGAUCUUGGAUGCCGCAAAAGCAUAUGCGGCAGCCGCCCACAUUUGCCGACCGUCCCUCUCCAACUCAAUGAUGGUGGAGUUGAGCGUGGAGGAGAGGCGGUGCUUGGAGGGACUGACGGCGCAUGGGGUUGAGAGGUUAGUGGAGGCCAAGCGAUGGGCAGAGUGGAGGAACUGGCGAGAAGUGCUCGGCAGCCUCCCUGAGCCUUCCAUCCCAACGCCAGCAGGAGUUCACACACAGGCUCCACCUCCCUUUUCCCACCACCACUCUGGAGCCACGCUUGGCAACUACCACCCGCCAGCCGCCGCCUUCGCGGGACACGCCGUUGCAACCCCAAACCCCGGUGCAUGGCAGCCGUACACCCAGAGCCACCCUCCUCCCAACCUCCAUUUUCUAUCCCAGCAGUUUGCUUUCAACCAAAUCCCAAUCCAUCAAUUCAGCCAGGUGAAAGCCCCUAUCGCUGUACACCCUACCCCUUCAGUACCCAUCACUCCCAACCCUGCAGGCCAUGCCGCUUCACAUAACACGGCACCCCAUCCCCAUGUCCUACCAACACCACCAUCCGUUGCACCCAGCAUGGCACAUCCAGAUCGCAUCAUGGCUAGUCGGAGUCAUCAUUCUGACACUAGCGCGUCGCAUCUUGUGGAUAAGGCGUGCAGCGAGUACCUGGCGGAGCCUGAUUGGACCACUAAUCUCCAGCUCUGCGACCUUCUCAAUGUAUCGCCAGGCAAGGUGGGAGAUGCCAUGCGGGCCGUUCACAAGAAGGUCACAUCACGCCAUCCACAAGUGCAGCUCUCCGCUCUCACUCUGCUGGAAACCGUGAUGAAGAACUGUGGGGGGGCGGUGCACGCUCAGGUGGUGGAAAAAGGCGUGCUUGCUGACGUGGCCAAGAUCGCCAAGAAAGGAGGGGCGAGCCCUGCAGCAACAGCAAGGGCACGAGGGCUUAUUCAGGAGUGGGCGGACGUGUUCCCCCCAGGCCCCACCUGCCGCCACACAGAAUACUUUCUCACCUUCGACGAGCUGAAGGUGUGCAUCUAUUCUUUUGGAAGGAGUGGCGUCCCCUUCCCCCCCAAUCGCCACACCGCAAGCUCCCACCACUCCCCCUCCAUCCCCAUGCCGGCUCCACCUGUUCCCCUGUUCCCCCGCCCCCUGCCCCCCUAUUCCCCUGUUCCCCUGCUCCCCUGCUCCCCCGCCCCCUGCCCCCCUAUUCCCCUGCCCACCCUGCAGAGGAGUGGCGUCCCCUUCCCCCCCCAACGUCACACCGCAAGCUCCCACCACUCCCCCUCCAUCCCCAUGCCGGCUCCCGAGCGUGCAGCAGCCAGUCACGGCGUGCCACCUGGCGGCCCCCCCCUGCACCUCCAUCCGCAUGCGAACCACUCCACCCCUCCCCAGCUCUACAACUCGCCCACUUACGGCAGCCCCGUUGGGGGGUACAGUCCCGGUAACCCUGCUGCUUCUUAUAAUGGAGCUGCUUAUAACGGAGCUGGUUAUCAUGGUGCGCGGUCUCCCCUUGCUGGUCCCAGGGCGUUGCCGCCGCAGCCACAGCCCCCUCCGUUGCAUUACCAGCAGCAGCAGCAGCAGCAGCCACAGGCUCAGCAGCAGCAGAGGGGGAGUGGGACACAGGACGGGGCGAGUGACAAGCCUAUGAGUCUGACAGACAUCACAACAGGGUUGAACUCGGUGGAGGUGUUAUCUGACCUGCUGUCAGCCGCGCCCAAGGACAACCCUGGCUCUGUGUUGGGGGACGAGUUGGUGCAGCAGUUGGUGGGGGAGUGCCGGGGGCUAGAGGGGCGUCUAGCAGCCACAAUCAACUCGACAAGGGGACGAGUUGGUGCAGCAGCUGGUGGGGGUGGGGGAGUGCCGGGGGUUACAGGGGCGCCUGGCAGCCACGAUCAAUUCUACCAGGUAAGAGAGGACAGGAGGUGUGAUUUCUGA